GCACCACUUUCCUCUAGUGGAGUUGGUACAAUCUCUCUCGAUCCCCCCUCUCCCUUCCUCUCCUUUAGGGGAAGGGGGGAUAGGUGGGUCCUUUACUGAGACUUGCAUUCGCUGGACAGGGAUAAAAAGCGCACAGCUCCAUAGGAAUUUGUCAUUUGGUCUCUGUGCUCGUAAGCCCAACACACCGUGGACGAGCUUUGACUUUAAAGACGUUCUUUUUUUUCCCACUACUAUUCCUUGUUUACUUGUUGGAGUAUUUCAUUGGAUUUAUUAUUAUUAUGACUAUGGCAAACGCGACAAUGACGUCACCACCGACAAACGGAGUUUCUUCCAGAAAAGUGAGUUAUCUUUUACUUGUACCCUAAUAUAUUUAUUCUGUAAUUUUAAAAAUAAUACUUAACAGUAACAGUUUUUUUUGUUUUUUUAAAAAGUUAAUUUGAUAAUGAUCUAAUUUCGUCAAUUCCUGGCAACUUUUGAAUGAUAGUAAUUGAAAAGACGAUUAUUAUUUAUAUUUAAGUGCAGUUCAUUGAGGCUGUUACAUUUACAUAUCUAACUUCUAAUAAUGCCAAUUACCAUUGAAAACACGGGCUAAAUUUAUUGAAAAAUACCCGCUUUGUUUUUGUUGAUUCAGUUUACGGUCGGUUUACUUUUGCCUCGGUUGAUGGAUUUCACUUUUAGAAUUCAGAGUAAAAUGUUAAAUGUUGUGUCUUCUUGCCCCACAGACGAACAAGCCGCUCAUGGAGAAGAGACGCAGGGCCCGCAUCAACGACAGCCUGUCUCAGCUCAAGUCGUUGGUCAUACAGAGCAGUAAGAAAGAUGUAAGUUACUUUGACUUUUCAUACGAUAAGCUCUCGUCAUUAUUGUUGUGAUGCGUGACUGUUUGUUUUUGUCAAUUAUUAUUGACCCAAAGUGGACCUGGGGUCGCCUGAUAUAACGCUGGGUAGAGAAAGAUAAAGACUUAAGAAGCACAAGGGCUUUGAUAUGGAUGACAACAUAUAUAGGGCAUAUUAGUGUAUAAACUUGGCUGAACACGGUGCACCAACAUCAUGCAGCUGGAACAAUAAAUGCUUGAUUCGAUAUAUAGCCAUUAGCUUUUUUUUAAAAAGAAUUUUUAAUUGAUUACAUUCUUAUAGCACUAGAACUAAUCCCUAUUUUGACUUUUUCAAAUCUCUAGAGCUCACAAUUCAACAAACUCGAAAAGGCAGACAUCUUGGAGCUGACUGUCAAAUACCUCCGCAACCUCCAAAACCAGCAGCACUUGCAACAGCAGUCCGCUGUGGCCAGCAGCGACAUCUCCCUGGCAGGCAAAUACCAAGCUGGGUUCAUGGAGUGCGCCAACGAGGUGAUCAGGUACCUCGGACAGUCCCAGGGAUUUACUGACGACAUCAAAUCCAGAGUGGUGGGUCACCUGGCCAGCUGUGUCCAACUGGCCAGCAAGUCUUCAUUCAGCAAGCCCCAGAACAAUGUUAACCCCAGUGGUCAGACAAAUGCAGCGAUCGCCGUACCAGCCCAGCAACAGACGACAGCCGCUCAGCUGCCCAACGGACAAAUUAUUCAAAUAGUGAACGGCUCCUACCAUCAGAUGAAACAGUACACACCAGCAGCAGCCUCAGCACCAGUACAGAUCACAUCUUCCCCUGCUAAUCUGUCCACAUCCCCAGUCUCACACGUGGCUGUCUCCGCAGCGCCCUCACCUGUCUCCGCAUCAUCACCUUUCUCGAGAUACACCCAGCCCCUCCACAUUCAGAUUCCACCCGUCCUCUCUCCUGUCCUCAUCCAGUCCAAACUCCCCCAGCAACAGAAGAUGUCACAGCCCCAACAGCUCUCCCGGCUACAGGAGACCGCACCCCAGUCCAUCAGUCACCUCCCUGCCCCACAACAGGAGAAAGUCAUCUCCUCAUCCUCCUCGCCACACCUCAGGGACAGAUCCAUGUCUCCAGUACCCAUGAGACUCCCCAAGCACCUCAGCUACUACACCCACGAGGAUGACUACAUCCCUCGAUCAAGAACAUAUUCCAUGACAUCAUCGUCAUCUGAUUCCGAACUCAUUUCCCCAUUGAAUCUUUCCCAGUCGCCCCAGUACUACGACUCCCGCAAGGAAAACAACUACCCCAGCAAAUACCCUGCCUCCCACCAGGAGUACCACCAACAAGUGCCGCUGUCCGCCAACGAUAGAGUCUCCCCCGGCCACUACAUCCUGAGCGACAAAAGCGUCUUCUCAUCUCAUUAUCCAUCGAAAUUUGCAUCCGUCAUUGUGGAUGGCCGUAAACACAUUGACGGCUCCACACUGAAGUACAUGAGCAUGGUCAUGGAGGACGAGCGCCACUGCAUCCGCCAUGAGGAAUCCACCUCGCCCGCAUCCUCUGUCGGGGAAGACCGCCUCUGGCGACCAUGGUAGACACUUAGCUGACCGAUGAACUUUGAACUUUCCACCAAAGAUCUUUUCCCUAGCUUAUAAAUGGCAUAAAACAUUACACAUUGUUGCAGGUGAUGUACUCACCUACAGACUCACCUACAGGAAUUGAUUACAAGUCUUUAAAGGUCCUGACGUUUAAAAUUUUGAAAAAUAACUUGUUGACUUUAAAACAAUAUAUAUAUUUCCAAAGAAACUCCAAGAAUGAUUUUGUGUUCAGCAUUCUGUUACAUUCAAUUCUCAAGACCAGUUGUUUUGGUUUGGUUUUCUGAAAUAUUUUAUACAAAUGUUGCUUCUAGGAAUUUGAACAAUCACAAUUUUUUUUUUUUUUGUCAAAUGCUUAUUCAUUGACAUUCCAGGCAUGUUUUAACAAAUAAUCAUAAAAAUCAUCGUUACAUUGGAUUUCAUUAUUUGUCAAUGCUAAACCUAUGAUUUGACUAUGUCAAUGCUAACUAAACCCAUGAUUUGACCAUGUCAAUUUGGGAGGACAGAAUCAUAAACACAUACAUUGUGCCUAAUUUCUGGCACUGACCAGGACACCGCUGCGUUAUUUUGAGAAUCACUCAUCAAAUGUUAACUUGUAGAAAGAAAAAGAAGAAAAGACUUAAAUUACUGACUUUAGCUUAUUGUGAUAUCAUGUGUUGGUUUGCCAACCUGUUGGUCUGUUUGUUUCCUCCCCAACUUAUGACCCAAAAUGUCUUUUAUGCAAACAUUUUUUUUUUUUAAUGUUUGAAAAAUGUGUUUUCAUUGAUUCAUGUUGUUGCAUAACAAGCAGAGCAGAUACUUGUUGAAUUCAAUACAAAGUUUUAUUGACACAAAUCUGA